ACGCACAGGGACUAUAUCCACUAAUGCACACUUCUGAGGGCUACACACACACACACACACACAAACACACACACACACACACACACACACACACACACAAACACACACACACACACACACACACACACACACACACACAAACACACACACACACACACACACACACACACACACACACACGUAAAGACCCGGACAGAGGACUAUGGGACCUGGUUUUACAUUGAGGAUAUCUUGACAGCUCACACACACACACACAGGUACACAGACGGACACACACAGACAUCUGUCCAGCUGAUUACGAUAUUCUGAGGAGAGUCAGUGAUUUAGACACCGGCAAUGACAUCAUGACCACAGGGCUGGAAGGUGAGGGAGGUGAGAAGUGGAGUCGCCGGAGUACAGUGUCUCUAGCUAAAGGGGAGCGCUUCUCUCCAGAUGUGGUGCUGGUGUUCAGUGGGGUGCACAGGUGCACAGGUGAGGGGGACGCUGAGCUGCAGGAGGCGCUGAGGACCCGACUGAGAGUCCUGGAGAGCAGCAGCCACGACAUCAGCAGCCUGUUUAAGGACCUCUCUGCCCGCUUGCUGUCUGUACAUGCUGAGGGAGACUGCUUCACUCUGACCUUCAAGACCGUGGAGGAGAUCUGGAAAUUCUCCACCUACCUCUCCUUAGGAUACGUGGCGAGGUGUUUGGAGAACUUCCUGUGUGAUCCAUCCUUCUGGUUGGACCCUGCGUUGCUAAGCGACGUGGAGAUCUGUGUGUCCCUCCAGGAGGAACACCUGGCAACCCUCUACUUGGGCCUUCUGCUGCAGGAGGGAGUGUUCUUUGCUAAGGCGGUGUGUGCGCUGGAGGCGGAUGGCGAUGACGAGCGUCUGGAGUGUGUGUGUGACGCGCUGCUGCUGGUCAGAGAUGUGGGGCAGGAGGACCUGUGGGAAGCCACCCUGCUGACCACCGGAGACCGCGGCCUCGUGCCCUCCACCAGCACACAGCCCCUACCCUACCCCUUCUACCAAUGGUUUCUAAGGAAGUACCCCUGCAGUGCCAAUGGACUCCCCUCAGACACGCCCCUCAGUCAACACCCAAUAGCGACGGGCACGGUGGUGGCAGUGGUGGACUACGAGCCUGUGGACGCUGACGAGCUGGCGCUACAGGAAGGGGAGGAGCUAGCGGUGCAGGGCUUCCUGCUUCAGGGGCUGGACCUCUUCGUGGGGCGGAGCCUAACCAGCGGCCUCACAGGAUUCGUCCAUAAAGAGCAUGUGAGACCAGGAGACCUGAAACCCACGAGUCCAGAGCUGCAGUUUAUGACUGAGGAGGAGAGAGAAGACCUCUAUCAGCUGGAGCCUGCGCUCACACACACACACACACACCUCCUGAAACAACUCAGUGCCUCAGACAUCCGCACUGUCUACAGAAUGGACAAACUGGAUGAAUCUGACUUCACAUACAUCAAAAGUACUCCUAAACCAGACCCUCAGGCCAGCUCCAUGCGGCAUGGUUUAGACUCCGCCCCACCGCGUCAGUCUGGGACUUGGCCCCGCCCCCACUCCCUCGCCGCCUCCCAGAGGUCUCUGGGGCGUUCCGUGCGGAGUGUGUGCGGCGUGGGCGAGUCCUUCAGCGCCAACGAGACCUUCAGGGAGGCGGAGCCUCUAGAGGACGACGCCCCUUCGUGGGAGGAGCUAUCGGAAUGGGAGGAGGAGUCAUGUGAGGAGCUGCUGAGGCUGCUGGACACGCCCACUUUACUGGAGGAGGAGGAGCUUAGCGAGGCUCCGCUGCGCUGGCUGCAGCGUGUGUGUGUGUGUGUGUGUGUGUGUGAGCAGGACAGCGCGUGUGUGUGUGUGUGUGAGCGCGUGCUCCUGCGCAGGCUGGAGUGUGUGCGCGAGGCGGCUAAGCAGCGCGGGUGUGUGUGGGCGCUGAGGAGAGUGUGUUUCCUGCUGGGCCGUGUGUGUGAGAGCGCCACCAGACUGUCCCAGGCGCGCGUCUACUACGAGGAGGCCGUGUGUGUGUGUGUGUCGGGCUUCAGCGACCCGCCGCUGCUCACGGCCCUCUACACACACCUGGGCGGGCUGUACCUGCACCUGAGGCAGCGCGAGAAGCUCACACACACACACACUCUCACGCGUGCCGCCGCCCUCCUCCUCACACAGCCACGCCCCCGCAUCAGCUCGGCCUAUCAGCUCAACAUGCUGCAGCCAAUCCUGUGCCAGGCCUUGUUGCUGGGGCAACGGGCGCUGGAGGGGCGUGUCUGCUUCCUGUGGGUGCGCAUGCUGCUGCAGCUGGGGCGCCAUGACGACGCGCUGCCCUUCCUGGAGCGGCUGCAGUUCCUGAUUGGCUCCCUCCGUGCAGGGGCGUGUCCAGGGGCGGGGCCAGACCUCAACUGGUUACUCAGCGUCCUGUAUCACCGCAGGUAUCAGCCUCACCUGGCUCUUGCAGCCCUCAGUUUGGACUCCGCCCCCUCCCGUGGAUUAGGCCACGCCCUCAUGCGACUGCACCUGCACUUGCGCAGCUCAGAGCGGCUGCAUGCCAGCGGCGUCCACACACACACACACACACACACACACACACACACACACUCCUCCAUCCCCACACAGGCGCUGGUGUAUCUGAAGCAGGCCUUGACCAUCGCCUCUCAAGAGGGACACCUGCAGGAGCAGAGAGAGCUGUGUAUCAGCCUGGCGUGGGUGUACCUUCAUCACGGGGUGCUGCAGGAGGCGGUUCUUAGCGCGGAGCAGGCCGUGGAGGCGGGGUCUCGUCUGGGGGAGGAGGAGGAGUUUGAGGCGCGCGCGCUCCACGGUUGGCUGCUGGUGUUAGUGGGCGGGGCUGAGAGUGCGAGGGCGGAGCUUACCCCCCUGCUGAUGUCACUGCAGGGUUCCGAUAGCCCCGCCUCCAAAGGCGUGGUCCACACCCUGCUGGCGCUCACGCUGCGUCGCCGUGGAAACGUGCGCCAGGCGGGAACUCAUCUGGUCGCCGCGCUGAGGCUCGCGCAGGAGAGUGGACACGCCCACAACCAGGCCGUUGCCCUUAGCAACCUGGGUUGCCUAGCGCUGGGGGCAGGUGCGGUGGGCGUCGCCGAGGGCUUCCUGAGGAGGUCGCUCCGCCUCUUCCAGCAGCUAGGGGGCGGGGCUGACCAGGAGCUCGUACAAUCGCUGCUGUGGAUGGGGAGGAGCUACAGCGGCAGUGGGCAGGGCCUCAAAGCUCAACUAGCCAAUGAGACGGCUCUGCUGAUCGCCAUCCACGCCAAGAAUAUACACAGUCAGAUGGUGGUUGCUAAGGUUCUGAGUCGUCACUAUGCUAAUCAGAUGCUCUAUGGUCAGAGCAUCAUCUACUACGAACAUUGUGUGGCGUUGGCACGGCAACUACGAGACAAGCGGUUGGAGGGAGAGUUUCUCGAGAUCCUGGGGAACCUCUACCUGUCAAUCAACACCCAACGGUCUUCUCUGAGGUCUCUUGACUGCACUAAACAGUCUCUGAGGAUCUGCAUUGAUUUGGGGAAGCGGCGGGAGGAGGCGGAAUCUUGGCUGCAUGCAGCGCGAAUAUACCACCUGCUGCAGGAGGAGGAGCUUACUGACAUGUACCUACAGGCAGCAGUAAGGACAGCUUUGAGAGUUGAGGACCCCAUCUUCGAUGCCAGUAUUUAUGAGGAGGCGGGAGACAUCUUUUACAAAGGACAUCGGCACCAGCUCAAAGCACUACCUUACUACAGGGACGGCAGUCUCCCGUUUGCGCGCAGUACUGGGGACCUGCAGUGUGAGUUCCGGCUGCUGAGUAAAGUGACCGAGCUGCUGAUGAGCCAAAACCAACACCAGGAGGCGCUGCAGUACGCUCUACUAGCCGUGCAGAACAGCGCAGCCACAGGGGUGCGUCUGCACGAGCGUGUGGCGUUCCAGCGUCUGGCGUGUGUGUACGAGGCGCUGGGCCAGUGGGAGCUGGCGGAGAACUACUUCCUGAAGUGUGUGUCCCUGGGCCCCGAGCUCACACACAGCAGCGACGCCCGCUACUACUGCACGCUCUACACACACCUCGCCCACAUCACACUCCACAAACUCAAGGACGCGUGGGAUGCCAUGGGCUACUACCAGCUGGCGUUGGCGGGCGCUCUGCAGGCGGGCGACGUGUCGUGUGUGUACGUCCUGCUGAUGAAGCUGGCAGAGCUGCACAACACACUCCUGCCCAACACACACCUGCACCAGCACUACACACACACCGCCCAGCACUACACACACACACCUCACACACCUCACACAGCUCACACAGCUCACACAGCUCACACACCACACACUACGUCCUGCUGAUGAAGCUGGCAGAGCUGCACAACACACACCUGCCCAACACACACCUGCACCAGCACUACACACACACCGCCCAACACUACACACACACACCUCACACACCUCACACACCUCACACACCUCACACACCUCACACAGCUCACACACCACACACUACGUCCUGCUGAUGAAGCUGGCAGAGCUGCACAACACACACCUGCCCAACACACACCUGCACCAGCACUACACACACACCGCCCAACACUACACACACACACCUGCACCAACACUACACACACACCGCCUAGCACUACACACACACACCUGCACCAACACUACACACACACCGCCCAACACUACACACACACCGCCCAACACUACACACACACCGCCCGCAACCUCUCACCUGCCCAACACACACACACACACCUCACACAGCUCACACAACACACACAGCUCAGGAGGACACACUCACACAGCACACAGUACAAGAUAGCUGAGGACACACACACACACACUCACAUUUACACACACACACACACACGACACACAAAUACACACCACACACCGCCAGCAGCCUCACAGUGUACCUGGAGGGACUCACACACACCCCACACACAUCUGACACACCACACACACUAAACACACUCUAUACCACACACACACACACACACACACACACACACACACACACACACACACUACAGACUUACAUUCAUAAAUAUAAUUUGUAUUAAUAGACAUUACAUGCAAAACUUGUAUGAUUAAAAACACAUUUCCUGAUGAUGUUUGGUUGCAAAUGGCCUCCUGUCACACAUUAAUUUUAUCCAUUCAAUGAUGUAUAUUUUGAAUAUUAUUUUUUAACUUAUUUUUUAAUAACCAAUGUACUUUGAUGGUGAUUGUUAUUUUAUGCUCUCUUAAUGCGCGCACACGUACACACACACACACACACAUACACUCUCUCAGAGCUCUCAGCUCUCAGACACACACACACACACACACACACACACACACACACACACACAUACACUCUCUCAGAGCUCUCAGACACACAGACACACACACACACACACACACACACACACACACACACACAUACACACACACACAUACACACAUACACUCUCUCAGAGCUCUCAGCUCUCAGACACACACACACACACACACACACUCUCUCAGAGUAAACAGAGGCCUUGUAUGGGUUCAAAUGAGCAGAGGCUGAAGAGUGUAAUGAGUGCUUUCACACAGUGUUGGAGACGUGUGCACUGUGAAGAGUCAGUGUGUGUGUGUGUGUGUGUGUGUGUGUGUGUGUGUGUGUGUGUGUGUGUGUGUGUGUGUUUCAGUGUGUGUGUGUGUGUGUGUGUGUGUGUGUUUGUUUCAGUGUGUGUGUUUGAAUAUCUGUGGCCAAACUUUCCCAACACUUUUGUCUUACAUGUUUUCUUCAUUUCUACACACUAUGCCUGUUUUAUUUAUUUUUCUUUUCAUGACAGUUGCCUUUCGUCCGUGUGUUUGUGCAUGCUUUUGAUAAACCAGUGUAGAUGAAUUGGUGUGUGUGUGUGUGUGUGUGUGUGUGUGUGUGUGUGUGUGUGUGUGUGUGUGUGUGUGUGUGUGUGUGUGUGUGUGUGUGUGUGUGUGUGUGUGUGUGUGUGUGGAGUACGUGGUGUGUGCUCCUUGCUUUUGUACAAAUAAACGCUCCUCAUACAGUC